CGGUGAUUCGCCCAGUCAGGUGUCAAACCCUCCUCAUCCGAAAAGGGCCACCACUUCGGUUGUCUCCAACUUUCAAGUGAAAGUUGCUUUUCUCUAUAGUCCUGCAUUCAUUGCCUUGUGUUCAUUUUCUUGUAGUUAUUCAUUUCAUAUAAUUUUUGGAGCUUAGAUUGAAUGGAGACUUUGGGUUGGUCUAACAACUUCUAGUUUUCGAUGAGACAAGUCUUUUGAGGUCUAUGAAGUCAUUCCGUGCUUAGCUCGAGCUUUGCCCCCCGAUUCGCCAAGGCGAACUGAACACUGAGACUUCCAGGUCUUUUUCAACUUUUCUCUCCUCAACUUUGAACUUGGUGCUUGGGUAAGGUCUCAUACAUUCAUUUCACCUGACUCUCCUUUUACAUCAUUUACUGUCAAGGCUUUGCAACUUCAGUAAAAGCAAUGGCAGGUGUCCUUUGGUACCGGGGUGAAGAGUGGCGAGAGGUCUGGGACUACUGGUUUAAGUGGACCGACGAGCACCUCACAUCCGACGACCUUCGCCCAAUGAUAUAUACUUACGAUGCGCUGGGCGCCGAAGCAUUGGACCGACUAGAUGAGAUAUCACCUCCCGUGAGACCCUCACCCAACCCGAGUGAGAAAGGGGACAAUCCUCAGAAUGCGAAACCACAUCGAGACCUGUAUGCUCUCUUGAGAGACAAUGCAGACGCAGACGAGGUUCUGGGAAAACUAUGGACUGAAAUCAACACCAUCCCGCCAUGGGUCGACUGGGCUCAAAUCGAACGCGGACAACAAGUCUUCCUCCGAUACGCAGCCCCAACCAUAUUCGCCCUCACAUUCCAAUCCCUCGUAGGCGGCAUGGGCGGCCGCCGCGUCGUAGAAACCCUCUCUAGAACAGGCGGCUUCGGCGUCAACGUCACCCGCCGCCGCCUCCUCGAGACCUUCCAGCACAUCAUCCAAGUCACCCGCGACCUCCCCUCCAUCCAACCCGGCGGCCAAGGCCACGCUUCCUCCGUCCGGGUCCGCCUCCUCCACGCCGCCGUCCGCCGCCGCAUCCUCCUCCUCGCCAAGCAACGGCCCUCCUACUACGAUGUGGCAGCCUACGGCGUCCCCGUAAACGACCUCGACUCCAUCGGCACCAUCACAACCUUCUCCUCUACCUUACUCUGGAUCGGCCUGCCCCGCCAAGGCAUCUUCCUCAAGGAUAGCGAGAAACGGGACUACCUCGCCCUCUGGCGCUACGUGGCCUACAUCAUGGGCACGCCCACCGACGCUUUUUCGAGCCUAAACAAGGCCAGGGCGACGAUGGAGUCCUUGCUUGCCUCCGAGAUCCAGCCCUCCGACACUUCGCGCGCCCUCGCCAACAACGUUCUUACAGGGCUCGCCGAGCAGCCGCCCUGGCACGUCUCGAGGGAGUUCCUCGCCGCCGAGACGUACUGGCUCAACGGCCCCAAGCUCGCGCACGCGUUGGCGGUGGAGAGGCCGCCGUUUUAUUACUCGCUGCUUAUACUCGGCCAAUGUCUCUUCUUCAUGUUUAUGUGCUACUCCCGCCGUCUGUUUCCCCGUUGGGACGAGUCGAGGAACGAGAACCUCAAAAAAGCCCUCUACAACAUAACAAUCAACAAACCCGAGCUCGGCGCCCUAGGCAAAGAAACAAACUUCGAAUUCAAGUACAUCCCGACCCUAGACGUCCCGUCCACCAAGGCAGCGGCCCGGACCCAGCAGCACCCGGACCCGUCGACUCACGAGCCCGGCUCCACCCCCGCAGAUGCAAAAGCGGGAGCACGAGCAGGAGCAAGCACACGCCGCGUGCGCAGCAACGAACGCCGGAGCCUCAUUACAUUAAGCGUGGCCGUCACACUCGCAAGUCUGCUCGCCUGGCUGGGCAUCCGCGGGGCGUCGGCCCUGUUUGGGAGGGUUCUUUGAGCAUCGUGCCUGCCGAUGAACGUGAGCCCUUGCAGGGACAAAGGUGGCCCAUCACACGUCAGAAACAAUAGUCAGACGGCCUGGUCCCGAUCGGCUGUGAGGGGCCGGAUUUCUUCACCCUUGGUUGAUGGGGGGUUCGAAAGCCAUAGUGUAGAUCACUGUAUUUGAAGAUCAAACCGUUUGGCCUGGCGCGCAUCAUUCCAGUCCACGAAUCUGACUCCACAGCAUGAACGUCUCUGCCGCAGGUUUCGGGUCGCAGAAGUAGUAGUAUAGAGCUACAUAUCACAAUACUGAGACAGCUAUAGGGGUCCACACCACUUUUCUUGUUGGUAAUCAAGUUUGUUUGUUUCGCUGUCUUUCAAUACUGAGAGCGAAAGGUGAAUCUAGUGUACAGGAAAAGACCUUGUGUGCUUCUGAGCAACACAGUAGAAACUUUUUUUGCGCAACAAAUUGGCUCGUUGGCCACCAGGAACGACAGUGUGAUAGUGCCGAUCCCAUUCGAAUAGUAUUCCUCCCCAAUCCAAUAGUGUACCGCUCCAAUGUGCGAGCUGUGGUCUUUCCGUAAAACGCCGUCGCAAGCCCGUUCGAUGCUAGAUGCGUGCCCAAAGUUCCUGAACCGCCACAAUCCCAAUAUCGUACCAUCCAACGCCUGACCAAGAUCGCUCUCUCAAAAAACAAAUUCAGUCGAAAUCAAGAAUUAUGCGUGGUGCAUCAGCUCCACGGGUGGACGAGAAGUAUGCGCCAUGAUGGGCUUCGGCUCGAUAGGGCUGAACUCCAUGGGCUCGUCGGUCAUGUCCUCGAGGCAGAUGGCAGGCAGAUCGGGGCUGGUGCCGUUGACAUCAGGCUGGUAGAGCAGGGUAGAGCUCCUGCUGCGCGUUUGUCUUGAGCCGUCGACGGGGCUGAUGGGGGUCUCGACACCCGUCGGGCGGUGGUGAAGCUUGGCCAGCGCAUCGGCGAGGUCCUCUGCGUGCACCAUCUUGUUGGGGGCGUCCUCCAGCUUCAUCUCCCACCCGUGAGGGGGCGAGGGAGGGGGGGAGAUGAAGAAGAGCUUUCCGGCGUCGGGCAGGGCGAGGUGGCGGUCGGUGACCUCGACGGGAGUGGGCUGGCCAAAGUAGACGCGAACGCGCUCGCCCAUGACAGCUUCACCGUCCCAGACACGGCGGACGGCGAUGGCGUCGUCCUCUGAGAAGAAGGAGACGACGAUGCGGCGGAAGGACUUGAGUGGUGCCCAUGAGUGGACUGGCGCCGUCUUGAGGAUGAGGUCGCGGAUGGUCUGGAGGUUGUCGGGGCGGAAGAUGGAGGUGUCGUUGAGGUUUGUGAAGAGGAGAGUGUUUGUGGGUGGCGUCGGCUGGACCAGAGGCGGCAGAGACGAAAGAUCGAGGGAGAGCGACUUGUUGGAGCCGGUCGAGCGUCUCGAGAAGAUGGGGCGGGUAUCCAACUGAGGUGAUUCCAUUUUGGAUGGUUGUGUAUGUGUCUGUGUAUGUGAUUGAGGUGUGGGUUUUGCGAUGUGUGUGGCGAGGAGGUCGGUUUCUAGCUCUUUGCUGUGUAUUCUACGCCGAUUGUGUAGUGAUCUUAUUCAUCUGCAGAAGGGAGACUUGCAGUAGUGCAGCUUGUUUGUGUAGUGUUUUGGUCGUUGCUGGAGUUGGAACGAAGAAUGAUCGUGGUGGUUGGCGGGAGGCGGUCUUGGUUAUAUGUUUGAGCGUGCCAGUGAGAGAGUGGCUUGGCCAAGCGCUACUGAGGGACUACUGGGGUCGGGCGGAGUGUGGGAUGGUUGAUGGUUGGAUGGUGGACG